UUUUACCCCAUGUCUCUCUCCACUCUCUCUAUAUGUAAACACAAUAUAUAUAUCCCAGUCAAAAAGAGUUAGGUUGCAUGUCACUAUCAUGAAUCAUGUGCCAUAGACACGAAAGUCAAAGAGCCUGUGAAAAUUCUGGAAUUGAAGAAUUCAUUUCUUCAAUAACCGCUGAUGAUGAUAAGGUUCUAUCAUUCUCAUUUCUAAUCACUCACACAUUUCCAAUGGAUACACAGAACUCUCCACCUGCUGCAGGAUGGGAUUAUGAAGUGUUCUUGAGUUUCCGCGGUGAUGACACUCGUAAAACCUACAACAACCUUGUGGACGCAGGAAUUCGCACGUUUAGAGAUGACAAUGAGCUUCGCAUUGGAGAGAAGAUAGGUUCUGAUCUUCUAAAGGCAAAACAACACUCAAAGAUAUCCAUCCCAGUCUUUUCCAAAGACUAUGCUUCAAGUAAGUGGUGCCUACUUGAGCUCACCGAGAUGGUUGAGUGUAAGAGGGCUUCGGGGCAAAUGAUAUUACCCAUAUUCUAUGACGUCGAACCGUCCCAUGUGCUACACCAGACCGGGAGUUACGAAAAGGCCUUCCAGGAACACAAGAAGCAUUUUUGUAGUGCUACUGUGGAGGGGUGGAAGGAAGCCUUGAGGGAGGUUGGAGAAUUGAAGGGAUGGGAAGUUGCUGAUAGGCAUCAAGGAGAACUGGUAAAGAGGGUUGUUUUAGAGGUGUGGGGAGAGCUGAAAAAGAACUCUUUGGUUGUAAAUGAACACUUAGUUGGAAUUGAUGAUCAUAUAGAAGAAAUGAUGAAAUUGUUGAGUGUUAAUUAUAGUGAUGUAAGGAUUGUAGGAAUCCAUGGCAUGGGAGGAAUUGGCAAGACCACUAUAGCCAAGGUCAUCUACAACCAACUCUCCCAACAUUUUGAAUCCUGUUGCUUCCUUGCAGAUGUUAGAGAAACAGCACAACAACCGAAUGGUCUUGUUCAUUUGCAUAACCAACUCAUAUCUAACAUUUUAAAACAAAAAUGCAUUGACAUUAGUACUAUGGAUGAAGGUAUUAAUGUAAUCAAAGAUAGAUUUUCUGGGAAGAAAGUUCUUGUUGUAGUUGAUGAUGCCAAUCAAAGAAUUCAUCUUGAUGCGCUUGUGGGAAAGUCUGAUUGGUUUGGUCCGGGAAGUAGGAUAAUUGUCACAACUAGAAACAAACAUAUUUUACAUCUGACCGAGGUCAGUUGGACUUAUGAACCAAAGGAAUUGGAUACUAAUCAAUCUCUUCAACUUUUCAGCAGACAUGCUUUUAGAAGGGGCAACCCCCCAGAAGACUAUGAUACUCUCUCUACAGAUGUUGUGUCCACUACUGGAGGGUUGCCUUUGGCUCUUGAAGUUAUCGCUUCUUUUUUAUCUGGCAUGGGAAAAAAGGAAUGGCAAGAUACAUUAAAGAAGUUGAAAAGAAUACCAAAUGAUCAAGUGAAGGAGAAGCUGAGGAUAAGUUAUGAAGCAUUAGAACAUGAACAACAACAGAUAUUUCUUGAUAUUGCAUGUCUUUUCAUUGGAGUGGAUAGAAGAAUUGCUUUCCACAUGUGGGAUGACUGCCAUUUUUAUCCGGAGAAUGGGAUUGAAGUUCUUCUUCGCCUGUCAUUGGUGAAAAUUGGAGAUACGAAUGAUCUAAUGAUGCAUGACCAUCUUAGAGACCUUGAUAGGGAAAUUGUCCGUCAAGAAAAUUUUAAGGAGCCAAGGGAGCGUAGUAGGGUGUGGCUUCUUGAGGAAGCCUGUGAAAUAUUGGAGAGUCAUACAGGAACAAGAAAGAUUGAAGCUCUUUGUGUUGACUUUCAAUUAGAGUCACAGGCAUGCCAUUUUACAAAUGAAGAAAUUUUAGACCUAUCUGAAGUUGCCUUCGACAUAUUGGAGAGUUAUACAGCGUGCUGUUUUACAAAUGAAGGAUUUGCAGACCUAUCUAAACUUAGGUUCCUUCAAGUUGGCUAUGCAAACCUGGAAGGAGAUUUUAAGGGUCUUCUUUCAAAUUUAAGAUGGCUUUGCUGGAACGGAUGCCCUCAAACUUUUAGACCAACCAAUUUUCAUCUAAAGAAUCUGGUCAUUCUUGAUAUAUCAUGGAGCAAUGUCACGGAAGACUGGGAGGGUUGGAAUCAUAUCAAGAUGGCAAGAAAGUUGAAAGUUCUAAAUCUCACAGGUUGCAGAUACAUGGUUAGAACUCCCGACUUCUCUGCAUAUGAAACUUUAGAAAUAUUGAUUCUUGAAGACUGUAUUAAUUUGGUUCGUAUUGACCCAUCAAUUGGAUAUCUCAAGAGUCUAGUUUUCUUAAAUGUGAAGAAUUGUUAUCAACUCAAAAGUCUGCCUCUGGAAUUUGAUUCUGUGGAAGCUUUAACAGAGCUCAUCAUCGAUGAUACUUCAAUAGAAGAAGUCCCCAUAGGUAGAGGUGUUUUGAAGGAGCUUGAAACUCUUAGUGCCACUGAUUGUCAGUCAUUGACUCAAAUUUCUACCUCAAUUGGUCACCUAAAAUCUCUGACACACCUUAGACUUGAUCAUUCACGUAUCGCUGAACUACCAUACUCAAUUGGUUCGCUAGUGAAAUUGCGAUGCUUGUCACUAAGAAACUCCUUAUUAAAAGAACUUCCAGACUCCAUUGGGAAAUUAGAAUCAUUAAUUGAGUUGUGCUUGUCAAAUACGAUAAUUACAGAAUUACCUGACACCAUUGGCAACCUAAAACGUUUGAGAAUUCUUGACAUUGAUUAUUCUUUGAUAGAAAAGUUACCUAGUGCCAUCGAAACGUUACUGAAACUUGAAGAGUUACAUGCCUCGAAUUGUCUCAAUUUGGAAGGCAAAAUUCCCAGUAAUUUUGGUGGACUAUCCUCUCUGAGAAUCUUAAGAUUAGAUUCAACACGUAUCUGUAGUCUACCAUCAAGCAUUUGUGGGCUUUCUCACCUCCAAACCCUUGAUUUAGAGGGUUGCAGAGAGCUUCAGUUUGUCCCAGAGCUUCCCUCUAGUCUAGUGAGUCUAAAAAUCACUUGCACGUCAAUGGAGACAUUUCUAAACCUUUCUAGUAAACCUAAAGGAGUUGGAAUUUCAUGAAUGCUCUGAGCUGUUGAAAAUUCAUGAAGAUAUUGGGAAGUUAGCCAAACUGGAGACCUUGACCUUGUCCAGCUGUAUCAACGUUAGCAGCCUGCCAAUGGAGCUUGGUGCACUUUCUCGGCUCAAGGAACUCGCUAUUCAAUAUUGUGACCAACUUCAAUGCCUUCCAACUCUUCCCUCAAGUCUAAUCAUACUCCGUCUUGAAUAUUGUCGGUCAAUAAAGAGGUUGCCAGAUCUAUCAAAUUUGAAAAACUUAUCAGAACUAAAACUCCACUGGUGUUCAGAGUUAACAGAGAUUCAGGGCCUUGGAAGAUUAGAACUCCUACGAUAUUUGGAUUUAUAUGAGUGUGAAUCACUAGUAACAUUACCGGAUCUUUCCAACUUGAAGAAGUUAAAGGAAUUUAGUGACUUUGGAUGCAAGAAUUUGAAUGAAAUUAGGGGCCUUGACGGAUUGGAGUCCUUGAAUAUAUAAAAAUGUGUGAGCGGAAAUGUUGAAAGAAUUAUACCUUACCUGGUGCCAGAAUCUACAUGAGAUUGAGGGAGAUUGAGGGUCUUAAGGGUUUGAAAUCCUCGAAGUUGCUGGACUUGUCAUAUGCACAGCAUUGCGGAGGAUACCUGAUCUGUGACCUGUCGGGACUAACAAAUUUAGAGGAAUUGCGACUUCUUAACUGUGAGAAACUUAGUGAGAUUUGGGGACUUAAAGAACUGAAAUCCUUAAGAUUCUUGGACAUUUCUGGAUGCAAGUCACUAGGAAACUUACCAGACGUGUCGAACUUCUGUCGUCUGAUAAGUUCUAGUGUUUAACAUGCAAACUGAUGGCAUGGGCGUAGUCGCUCUUUGUCAACUCCCCAUUAUUUCACCUUCCUCUAGAACUCUUCCACUUUGAGAUGAUUUCGAGACUGUGGCCCAGUUUGAAGUGAAUGGAUUCAUAGAGACAACGUUUCAUAAUUUUUGCGGAUGUCAGGGCUCAAUUUCGCCACUGAAGCUUGAUUUCAGAACUUCGAGACGCCAUUUAUCUGUUGGGGCUCCAUUUCAUGCAUUCGAUCAAUCUCUGAACUUAGAGAGACAAUCUUUACUUGAGAUAUACAGGUAUGCAUGAUUUGAAGGAAAAUGCAAGUCCGGCUGGAAAAAUGACUGCAGAUAGGGAGAUUGAAAUAGAGUAUGGUCUCUAACAUCAUUCAGUUGGUCAGGGACUUUUUCAGAUAGGUUUUAGCAGGAAAGCAGACCCAAAGCCUUGGAGAUGCAGAGCAACGGAUGGGAAAAAAUGAAGUGCUGAAAGGAAGCAUACCCAGACUCCAAAAAUGGAAGUGCGGAAAUUUCAGAACUACUUUGGUGUCGGUGCAAUAUGUCAAAUAAGUGAAGAAAUUAAAGCUAGUGAAGGAUCGAAAGUUAAGAGCAAUAUGUCAAAUAAGUGAAGAACUUAAAGCUAGUGAAGGAUCGAAAAUUAUGCGGGAUAAGGUGGGCUAUGAGAAACUAGAAGAUGAGAACUGUGAGGAGUCAGGAAACACGAGACCAAAGUAAAUUGCUGUAGCACUCUGCAAUAAGAGUUUUUGUAUGUUGAACGACCUCGUUGGUAUGCCGUAAAAAGUAUUAGUAAUUCAAAUGUUAAAUUUAUGUCAAAUAAAA